AUAAGAAGUGGAAUCAUCGAUGCGUAAGACUUAAGGUUUAGUCCCUUUUCUAAGCUUUAUUGGUAGAUAAGGCUUGUAUUCAACACCAUCCACUGGAUUUCCUUUACCAUGUACAAAACUUUACGUGGCAGCCAACUUAUUUUGACUUUUCUCCUCUUGUUUGAUUCUUUGAACCCUUCUGUCGUAUGAAUGAGAAAUUUCAUCAAGUGGGUCCAGCACCUUGACGGUGACUGUUGACUCUGACAAAGGCAAAUGGAAUUUGAUAACCUUGAGCUAUAUUUCUCUAGUAAAAAUGGAAUUUGCUCUUUGGAACAUCAACACUCAACAGGGUUACUCUUCUGAAAAGGGAAGCUUUAAUGAUUUCAUUCUGUCGGUAAAGUUGAAAUCAUUAAGUGAGUGUGGGGUCAGGAUUCCUGUAAUCAAAUUAUGAUUUCAACCAUGGUGCGAAAUCACUUAGGAGAAGGGAAGUCAGAGAUCACCCAGGCAACCACCGGCAUCUAUGAUUGGAAAUGACAGGUUUUAGUCGCUAAAUAGCUGAUGAUCCAUUUUAGUCCGAUCCAUUGACCAUUCUUUGUUGCAGAGGAGCUAUGCAGCCUAAAUCUUCUUGGGUUUUAUCUGAGUUUUUGAGUCAUUGAAUAUGGAUUUUUCGUCCAAUUUCUCCACCCGAAAGACGCUCAUGGAUUCGUUUACGGGGUCAUUUUCUGGUUCCACGAUUGCAUCUGAUUGCUAUCACGAGUCUGUUUCAGCCUAUUCAGAUCUUGAUUUUGUCGAUGGAUUUAGAUUCGAAGACAACUCUCUACUUUAUGAUGGCGUGGAUCUCCGAGCAACUUCAAAUAGUCAAUACCCCAUAAUUUCCAACAGACUGGAGUCAGUGGACACAGAUUCUGCAGAAGAAAAAGACGUCUCUGAUGCGGUUCUUAGGUACAUAGAUCAAGUACUAAUGGAAGAUCAUUCGGACAAUGAGGCCUUCACUAUUCAGGACUCCACUCUUGAUGCUGCUGAGAAAUCCUUAUAUGAAAUACUUCAUAAAGACCCUUCUUGUUCCUCAUCCUCACCCGAUUCGACUUCGGAGACUCAAACCAGUUGGCAAUUCGGUGAUACAAUAGAGGAAACUAUAAAUGCCCUACCAUGUAGAAACUUGGAAACUUCUGUCUAUGGGUGCAACGGAUUAACCCCUUCAGUACCCAAGGAAAAGGUGUUGACCAUAAAUCCCAACCCAGAAAAGGAGGAAGGGAAAUUGCUAGAUAGAACACCAAGGAGAAGAAAAAGUCUUCACCGAGAGGAGAGUGAUUUAGAAGAAGGGAGAAACAAGAAGCAUUAUACGCUCUGUGCUGAAGAGGCAAUUUUACAUGAGAUGUUUGAUAGGGUAGUGUCCCUAUACCGCGAUGCCUUGCCAAAUGGGGUCAGUGUGGAAUUCCUUCAAAAGCGGGGAGUAAAAGGGUCUGAUGACGAAUUGGCAUACUCUAGAAAAGGGAUUAGCAAAAGGGAAGCAAUCGAUAUGAGGAAUCUCCUAAUGCAAUGCAUGCAGUCUGUUGCAAGCAACGAUCAUGGGAGCGCAAGAACUUUACUGAAGCAGAUAAGAUUGCGUUCUUCUCCUCUCGGCGAUGGAUCCCAGAGGUUGGCGCACUACUUUGCUAAUGGCCUUGAGGCACGCUUAACCGGUUAUGGGAAUAUGGAAUACAAAUCCCUCGCAUCCAAGAUGUCUGACGCUGGUGCCCUAAAAGCUUAUAAGUUGUACCUUUCGGCAUUCCCUUUCAUGGAGACCACAUAUUUUUUUGCAAACCAAGUGAUCUUGGAACUCGCCAACAAAGCGACCACUCUUCACAUUAUAAGUGGUAUCACGUUUGGCUUUCAGUGGCCCUACCUCAUUCAGCACCUCUCAGCAAGACCUGGUGGACCCCCCAAGCUUCGCAUCACAGGAAUCGAGUUCCCCAAAGAAGGUUUGCGGUUGGCUUCAAGGGUUAAGGAAACAGUAGCAAAUUGUUGUGAGAAGUAUAAUGUUCCAUUCGAGUACAAUGGCAUUGCACAAAAAUGGGAAACAAUUUGUAUUGAGGAUCUCAAGAUUCAGAAAGAUGAGGUGAUUGUUGUCAAUUGUUUGUACCUAUCUAUGUACAUACUUGAUGAUUUGACUACGGAUGUUAGUCCUCGGGAUGCUUUUUUGAAGUUAAUCAAGAUGAUUAGUCCCGAUAUUUUUAUACAUGCAACAGUUAAUGGGAAUUAUAACUCCCCAUUCUUCGUAUCGCGGUUCCGCGAGGCUCUCUUCCACUUCUCCUCAUUGUUUGAUAUGGUUGAGGCUAUUUUGACCCGGGAAGAUCAGGAUAGGAUAGUAUUUGAGAGGGACAUAUUGGGGAAUGCUUUUCUCAAUGUGAUAGCAUGUGAAGGAGUAGGGAGGAUUGUGAGGCCGGAGACAUACAAGCAGUGGCAGAUUAGGACUGUGAGAGCUGGGUUCAGGCAGCUUCCUUUGAAGCAGGAGAUCAUUAAGGAAGUAAAGGCCAAGGUGAAAUUAUGUUACCACAAGGGCUUCUUCGUAAAAGAGGACAGCGGAUGGAUGUUAACCGGGUGGAAAGGGCGAGUCAUCUUUGCUUUCUCCUGUUGGAAGCCUGCGUAUGAGAGCGGAUGAUAGACAGGAAGUUAUUCACUUCCGUGUUUCUCCCCCCCCCCCCAACUUUUUCAGUACUUUUCGAUUCUACGUAUAUAUUGUUUGCUAGUUUCAGGUUCUAUAUAUUAGUAUAUUUUACAACCUGAGCAAAAUUCUGCACUCCAAGCCAAGUUUUCACGCUUUGGUUGCUGGGAGAACUUCUACUGAUAUUUGGUGAUGAUGCUUGAUCAGCUUGAGCAUUUUCCCGAGUGUUUAUUUGGAUCUAGUGUUUCAGAAACUA